AUGAAGAGUCUAGUGCUAGUUGUGCUGAUCAUCACAUGCAUUGCUGGGUCAGCAGUGAGCAGAGAGGGUCCUCUGGUGAGCACUCCCAAGGGGCAGAUAAGAGGAGUGCGCGCAGAGGAUGGAGACUACGACGGGUAUUACGGAAUACCGUACGCGCUGGUGGAUGAGGACAACCCGUUUGGGCCGUCGACCCCGCAUCCUGACUUCGAAGGCAUAUUCGACGCCGUCACUGAUGGCGUGCAAUGCAUCCAGGCUGCUAACAGUCCCGUCACCGGAGUCAUCCAAUGCUUGCAGCUCAAUGUUUUCGUACCAAACAAGCCUCAGUCUACUGGACCGUUGCCGGUUAUGGUUUACAUUCAUGGCGGUGCAUUCCUAAUCGGAUACAAAUCGGAACAUUCACCGAGAUUCUUCCCCAAACAAGAUAUCAUCGUAGUUACCAUAAAUUAUCGACUAGGUUUGCACGGCUUCCUAUGCUCAAGUGAACAUGGAUUCAAAAACGUUGGACUUAAAGAUCAGGUCCUGGCCCUGAAAUGGAUCAAAGAUAAUAUCGCUGCCUUCGGAGGAGAUGCUGACCAAAUAACGUUGUUAGGGAUGUCAGCUGGCUCGAUCAGUAUAGAUUAUCAUUUACAUGCUGCUGAAAACUUUGCUCAGAGAGCUAUCCUCAUGAGCGGUACUACUUUGACAUCAUGGAUUAUUUCUGAAGAAAAUGACGAAAUUCCUAUAAAUGUUGCCAAAAAUCUUGGGUUUAGUGGUGACGAUGUCAAAGGAGCUAUAGAAUUCCUGAGCACACAAGAUCCAAACAAAGUUGUAGAAGAGGCCGACCGUUUGCACUACUUAGUUAACGAAGACGGCUACCCUGUUAUUAUGCCAUGCGUUGAAAGUAAUUCAGACAGCGGUAUCCUCACUGACUAUCCUGUGAACUUGCAACCAAAAGUCAAAGGAAUAGAUAUUAUGAUUGGAUACGCAAGUAAAGAGAUGAUGUUCAUGUACCCAAAUGUUGACGACUCGCAAUUUUAUAGAACUUACUCCUUCAAUCGGGCACUAUUGCAUGAUUUCGAUGAAGCCCAUGACGUAGAUAUCGUCAGACAAUUUUACAUCGGAGAUGAACAGCCAAGUGAAAGCUUACAAGACGUUAUAAUAGAUUACUCAUCGGAUGCUUCUUUUGUUCAUUCAGCUGAGAGGUCUGUGGACAGGUAUCUCAAUGCUGAAGCGAAAAGUGUUUACAAGUACUUGUUUACAUACGAGGGUGAUAGGAACUAUGUCAAAUUAACGGCAAACCUAACUGCUUCUGGCGCUAGUCAUGGUGACGAAUUGGGGUACAUAUUCGACAAUCCAACGCGAUUCGCGAAUGUUCCUGUAACUGAAGCCGAUCAGAGAAUUAUUGAUGCGAUGACGAAAAUGUGGGCUGACUUUGCUAAAUAUGGGAACCCAACACCACAGCCAACAGACUUGAUCCCCGAGUGGAAGCCAGUCACCAAGAACCAGCGACCCUAUGUGAACAUAGGCAGUCCUAUUAGAGCUGAGAGUCGGGUGUUCAACAAGAGAAUGGCUUUCUGGGAUCUGUUUUAUAAACUGCAUGGGGAUAAAGUCAGGGGUUACGAAGCUAGUGAAGACAAUGAGCAAGGUGGCAAUGAGGAGGGGGAUAAUGAAGAAGAAGGCGAAGAAGAUGGAGGAAAUGGAAGCACUAGCGUAGUACCAUUCACACUUUUAUCAAUAAUACCAAUAGUUGUAAUUUUAUUUAGAUAAAGACCUAAAUACAGUGUGAAACCUUCGAAAUUAUAUGUUUUAUUAUAAUGACUUUGGUCUGUGCAGGAAAUUAAUACAAAACCUGUUUUUCCAUGAGCAUUUCGUGUUAUGGUAGCUCCUGUUUAAAGACAUAUUUUCCGUCAUGUUUUUACUAUGUUCCACGCUGAUAAGAUAAGAUAAGCUAUUAAGUAAAUGCUUUUUUUUGAUCUCAAA